AUGUACAGAGCAGAAGAGAGCAGAGUACUACAGGAUGGAACGGUUGAACCACUCCUCGUCCUCCGGGAUCUCAACGACUACAACCGCAGGUUCUCAGGACAACCCAGAUCUCUGAUGGACCGGCUGCGUGACGUGCCCACGUUGCUGCGCCACCUCUCCAGGGAGAUGUUCUCUGUAGGGGGCCUGUUCUGGAUGUUCCGGAUCCGUGUCCUGCUGUGUCUGAUCGGGGCUCUGACGUACCUGGCCUCCCCUCUGGACUUGAUCCCUGAGGCUCUGUUCGGCCUGCUAGGCUUCAUGGACGACAUCUUCCUCAUCCUACUCCUCUUCAUCUACAUCUCCAUCAUGUAUAGAGAGGUGGUGACCCAGAGACUGGCAAAUUGA